AUGGUUAAUCUCGACCCCAUCAACGCCAAAUUUGCGGCCGCAAUCGAUGCCCUGCCUGCUCCUCAUCAGCUUGGGGGCCCAAAUAAGGCAUUCGAGAGUCUGGAGGAGUUACAGCGCCAUGAACCAGCGAAUGAUAUUGUCACACAGUCAAUUGAAGUCGGGGGGAAAUAUGGCCCGACGUCUGUGACACUGUUUAGACCAAAGGCUCUGGUUCACAAGCCACUUCCAAUGAUCUUUUACACUCAUGGUGGCGGCUGGGUCAUGGGGAGUGCCAAAUCGUUUGCCGUAUUAGUCGAGGACUUGGCUCGGCGAACUGGAGCUGCCAUAGUUUUUCCGGACUACACGCUUGCACCACAUAGAACGUUUCCGUUCCCAUUUGAGCAGAGCUAUGAAGUUCUGGAGUAUAUGAUUCGUCAUGGAAAGCAGUACAACCUUUUGGUCAAAACCAUUGCUCUGGCUGGUGAUAGUGUUGGAGGACACAUGGCCAUUGCCAUGAUGCAGAUGUCGUUGCAAAGACAACUGCCCGCCACAAUCGGUCAGAUCGUUCUCUGGGCUCCCGUAACCGUUACACACAAGAAGUAUCCCUCGUACACCACAUUCAAGGACGGGCCUUUCCUACCAGAGGCGACAAUGGAUUGGAUGAUUGAGACGUUCAUCCCGAACAAAAGCGACAGAGAAACAGCGCUGGGUUCUCCUCUAACACAUCUCCCAGACGAUGUCGUGUCAAAAUUUCCUCCAACCAUUAUCUUUCUAUCAGCGGUUGACCCCCUAGUUGACGAAGGCGUAGCCUUUGGUCAAAGGUUACAGGGCCUCGGGGUUGAUGCAUCUGUUAUAAAAGCUGAAGGGCAGAUGCAUGCCUUCUGCCUUGUGAAGGCGUUGCGGAAUGGGCCUACUGCUCAAGCGGUACUAGAAUUGGCGGCUCUGAAGUUACAAAGGUCAUUUCCAGCUUCAACAUGA